AUGUAUGUUCCAUUAAUAGGUAGAUUGGCUUUAAGAGAAUGGUUACUCCUUACAUUAUCGUUUUCUUUAACAUGGCUCGAGUUCAUAAUAUCAAUAAUUACUCAAUUUUUGCCGUCACUAGUCAUCCAAUUCUUUACCAGCACCACGUUGGUGUUGUAUAGAUUCACGUCUAAUCCGGUCAACUUGAUCUACUCUAUGACUAAGGGGAAUAAUGUUGAUGAUGCAGAAAAAGCUCAAUAUAAAGUUUUGAAUUACCACAAUACAUCUAGCGUGACUAGAGAAAGUUAUGACCAGAUGAUAGAUUUAUUGAAUAGCAAUAAUAUAAAUGAAAUGUGCCAAUUUUUUGGCUACGAUGUGGAGAGUAGAAUCUUAAAGACCGAUGAUAACUAUUUCUUGACUGUCCAAAGGAUAUGCAAACCUGGUUCCGUUACCAAGAGGAACGGUAAGGUAGUCUACUUGCACCAUGGACUAUUAAUGAGCAGUGAAAUUUGGGUUACAAUGUUAGAUAAGAAUCAUAACUUACCAUUUUUGCUCUAUGAUUUGGGAUACGAUGUCUGGCUAGGUAAUAACAGAGGUAACAAAUAUUCGCAGAAGCACUUGUUCCAUGCCAUUGACUCGGAGAAAUUUUGGGACUUUUCUAUGGACGAAUUUGCUUUAUUCGACAUCCCUAACACUAUUAACUUUAUCUUAGAAGUUACUGGGAAAGAGAAACUCACGUAUAUUGGUUUUUCACAAGGUACAGCCCAGGCAUUUGCAAGUGUAUCAAUCAACCCGGAAUUAAAUGAUAAGAUUGACAAAAUCAUUGCUAUCUCUCCUGCGACUACUCCACAUGGCCUUUACUCUAAAUUUUUGGAUAUUUUUUUGAAAGCUUCGCCGCAUGUUGUAUUCUUAUUAUUCUCCAGAAAGAUCUUAAUGCCGUCUGUCUUGUUUUGGAGCAGAAUUAUGUAUCCUCCACUAUUUGACACCUCGAUUGAUGUGUCCAACUAUUUGUUAUUCAACUGGAGAUCCGAGAAUAUAACAAAAAUACAAAAAUUGAGCUCGUAUGCCCAUUUGUAUCUGACAACAUCGGUCAAAACAGUUGUGCAUUGGUUUCAAAUCAUGUCAUCCAAAAACUUCCAGAUGUAUCAUGAAUCUAAGUCCUCAGGCAUAUUCCCCAUGUCGUAUCCAUUGAAAACUAUACGUGUACCCAUUCAUCUCAUAUAUGGAACGAUCGAUUCGCUAGUCGACAUUGAUGUCAUGAAGGGCCAAUUACCCGAGAAAUAUACUACAACUCAGCCUGUCAAUAACCACGAGCAUUUAGACAACAUCUGGGGCUUUGAUAUAGGUGAAAAGGUAUUCAAAUAUGUCUUACAAUAUCUUGAACAGCCCAAUGUAUUUGAUGUUCCUUUAAUCGAAUAUAAGUCCCAAACGAAUUACUUACAGGCUUCGCCUAAUAUAACGCAAGACUUUGAAGACGACACAGGAAGCACCCUUAUAGGUAACUCUUAUUCAGAAGAAAGAGAAGUCGAUAUCAGUCGUAGAAGACCCUCCACAGGUGGUAGUGUGUUUAUAUAA